CUCUGUGCGCGGAGCCUUGGCCCCGCCCACUAAAGAAUUCGCAGAUUCGCUAGGCCGGCUCCUCCUCCGAAUUUCUCCGGCCCCUCCGUACUCGGCUGAAAAUUCUCAUCGGACUCCGUAACCAUUUCCCCCAGGUCGGAACUGAGCAGUCCUCUGAAUUGUGAUAGUAAGAAAGAUCCAGGAAAAGUGGCUGACUCUGCCAACAGGGCUUGGCUAACCAGGCAUUAUUUUCUUGACUCCACCAAGGCUGGUGAAGGGAGGCAACAGCUGAGGCCAGGACUUGUGGCGAAUCUGCAGCCUUUCAGACGUUUGGUCGCUUAAGGAAGGGGCAGGAAAGAGGAGCAAAGGAGCGCGCAUCCUGUCUACCGAUUCGCCCCGCCCGCCUGACGAAUCUGCGCCUGUUCAACGCGCCACUCAAAUCUCCCCAGCUCUGGCUGGCCUCCUCCCCUUCGCCCCGCCCCCUUUUCCUCUGGGAUUAGUCGCUGCUUUCAACGCCGCCGAUUCGUCAAGGAUCCCAGGCCAGAGCAGCUGGAUAGUCGUGGUGAAGUCCACUCUCCGGGGGAUGCGGCCAAACUCUAGGCUCACUGGGCCGCAACUCUUGAGCUUCAUAGGCCGCCGGCCGAGGCGAAACCGCUAUCCUCGGCCCCGUGGGUCUCCCGGAGUCGCCCGUAGCGAAAGUGCGAAUGUAGAAGCUGUGCCCGCUGGGCCUCGCGCAGUGUAAAUGAGCAAAGAUGGAUCAGGAAGGUGGGGGAGAUGGGCAGAAGGCCCCGAGCUUCCAGUGGCGGAACUACAAGCUCAUCGUGGAUCCUGCCUUGGACCCUGCCCUACGCAGGCCUUCUCAAAAGGUGUACAGAUACGAUGGAAUCCACUUUAGUGUCAACGACUCAAAGUAUAUACCAGUGGAGGACCUCCAAGACCCCCGUUGCCACGUCAGGUCCAAAAACAGAGACUUUUCCCUCCCAGUCCCUAAGUUUAAGCUGGAUGAGUUCUAUAUCGGACAGAUCCCACUGAAAGAGGUGACAUUUGCAAGGCUGAAUGACAACGUGCGGGAGACCUUCCUGAAGGACAUGUGCCGAAAGUAUGGUGAGGUGGAAGAGGUGGAGAUUCUUCUCCACCCCCGUACUCGCAAGCACCUGGGCCUGGCCCGCGUGCUCUUCACCAGCACUCGGGGAGCCAAGGAAACAGUCAAAAACCUCCACCUUACCUCCGUUAUGGGCAACAUCAUCCAUGCCCAGCUCGACAUCAAAGGUCAACAACGAAUGAAAUACUAUGAACUGAUAGUCAACGGCUCCUACACCCCUCAGACAGUGCCCACUGGGGGCAAGGCCCUGAGUGAGAAGUUCCAAGGCUCUGGUGCAGCCACGGAGACGACUGACUCCCGCCGCCGCUCCUCGUCCGACACAGCUGCCUUCCCGGCGGGCUCGGCUGUGGUGGGCACUCCCGGCAAUGGCACCCCCUGCUCCCAGGACACAAGCUUCUCCAGCAGCCGACAGGACACCCCGUCUUCCUUCGGCCAGUUCACCCCUCAGUCCUCGCAAGGAACCCCCUACACGUCUCGGGGCAGCACCCCCUACUCUCAGGACUCUGCCUACUCCAGCAGCACCACUUCAACCUCCUUCAAGCCCCGGAGGUCAGAGAACAGCUACCAAGAUUCCUUCUCCCGCCGCCAUUUUUCCGCCUCUUCGGCCCCCACGACCACCUCUGCCGCCAUCUCCGCCACCACUGCAGCCACCGCUGCCGCCGCCUCCUCUUCUUCCUCCUCGUUGUCUUCGUCCUCUUCGUCGUCCUCUUCUUCCUCAUCCUCUCACUUUCGCGGUUCGGACUCAAACUACCCAGCGUAUUACGAAAGCUGGAAUCGCUACCAACGCCAUGCUUCCUACCCACCCCGCCGGGCAACUCGGGAUGAGCCCCCCGGGGCCUCUUUUGCUGAAAAUACCGCUGAGCGCUUCACGCCAUCUUACACCUCCUACUUGCCCCCCGAGCCCAACCGGCCUGCUGACCAGGACUACCGGCCUCCUGCCUCCGAAGCUCCGCCCCCAGAGCCUCCAGAACCUGGUGGAGGGGGAGGCGGCGGGGGGCCCAGCCCUGAGAGAGAAGAAGCUCGAACCUCCCCGCGCCCAGCCUCACCUGCCCGUUCCGGCUCCCCAGCCCCAGAGACCACCAACGAGAGCGUGCCCUUUGCUCAGCACAGCAGCCUGGAUUCCCGCAUUGAGAUGUUGUUGAAGGAGCAGCGUUCCAAGUUUUCCUUCUUGGCCUCUGACACCGAGGAAGAAGAAGAGAACAGCAGCACGGGCCCGGGGGCUCGGGACACAGGGAGCGAGGCCCCCUCUGGGCCAGGUCAUGGGCCCUGCACACCCCCUCCGGCCCCGGCAAGUUUUGAGGAUGUGGCACCUACAGGGAGUGGGGAACCAGGAGCUACCCGGGAGUCGCCCAAGGCCAACGGACAGAGCCAGGCUUCUCCAUGCUCUUCUGGAGAGGACAUGGAAAUCUCCGACGACGACAGGGGCGGCUCACCCCCUCCGGCCCCAACACCCCCCCAGCAACCUCCGCCCCCUCCGCCGCCACCUCCCCCACCCCCUCCUUACCUGGCUUCCCUUCCUCUUGGUUAUCCUCCCCACCAGCCUGCCUACCUCCUCCCCCCGAGACCCGAUGGGCCGCCACCUCCUGAGUACCCCCCUCCUCCUCCACCACCCCCCCACAUCUAUGACUUUGUGAACUCUUUAGAGCUCAUGGAUCGACUCGGGGCUCAGUGGGGAGGAAUGCCCAUGUCCUUCCAGAUGCAGACCCAGAUGUUAACUCGGCUCCACCAGCUGCGGCAGGGCAAAGGAUUGACCGCAGCUUCAGCGGGUCCCCCCGGUGGGGCCUUUGGGGAGGCCUUCCUCCCAUUCCCACCCCACCAAGAGGCAGCCUACGGCCUACCAUAUGCUCUGUACGCCCAAGGGCAAGAAGGCCGAGGGGCAUACUCUAGGGAGGCCUACCACCUGCCUUUGCCCAUGGCAGCCGAGCCCCUGCCCUCCUCAGUCUCAGGAGAAGAGGCACGGCUGCCCCCCCGGGAGGAAGCAGAGCUGGCCGAGGGCAAGGCCCUACCAUCGGCAGGCACCGUGGGCCGUGUACUAGCCACCCUGGUCCAGGAGAUGAAGAGCAUCAUGCAGCGAGACCUCAACCGCAAGAUGGUGGAGAAUGUGGCCUUUGGAGCCUUUGACCAGUGGUGGGAGAGCAAGGAAGAGAAGGCCAAGCCAUUCCAGAAUGCAGCUAAACAGCAAGCCAAGGAGGAGGAUAAAGAGAAGACAAAGCUCAAAGAGCCAGGCCUGCUGUCCCUCGUAGACUGGGCCAAGAGUGGCGGUACCACCGGCAUUGAAGCCUUCGCCUUUGGAUCAGGACUGCGAGGGGCCCUGCGGCUGCCUUCUUUCAAAGUAAAGCGAAAAGAGCCUUCAGAAAUUUCAGAGGCCAGUGAGGAAAAGAGGCCCCGGCCUUCUACUCCAGCUGAGGAAGAUGAAGAUGAUGCUGAGCGAGAGAAGGAGGUUGGAGAGCCAGGCCGUCCGGGGACCAAGCCCCCAAAACGAGAUGAAGAGCGAAACAAGAGCCAGGGCAAGCACCGCAAGUCCUUUGCUCUGGACAGUGAGGGGGAGGAGGCAUCCCAGGAGUCCUCCUCAGAGAAGGAUGAGGAGGAUGAAGAGGAAGAUGAAGAAGAUGAAGAGCGUGAGGAAGCCAUGGAUGCUGCAAAGAAGGAGACAGAAGCAUCAGACGGCGAGGACGAGGAAAGCGAUUCGUCCUCCAAAUGUUCUCUGUAUGCUGACUCAGAUGGUGAGAAUGAUAGCACGUCGGACUCUGAGAGCAGCAGUUCCUCCAGCUCCUCGUCUUCUUCAUCCUCUUCGUCUUCAUCCUCGUCCUCCUCCUCCUCAUCUGAGUCCUCCUCGGAAGAAGAAGAGGAAGAGGAGCAGCCAGCAACCAUACCCGCAGCAUCGUCACCCCCCAGAGAUGUCCCCACGCCCCUGUCAGCACCUGCAGAGGAGCCCGAGCCAGAGAGGGUUGAAGACUCCCCAGUCACACCUCUCCCCGAACAGGAGAAGUCUCCUGCGAGACCUGCAGAUCCCGUGAGAGGAGGAAUCGAGGCACUGAUUAACCCUAAGACACCUUUCAGCCUCUUGAAGUCCUUGGGUGGCAGAAGAGCUGAUGGAGUCGCAGGUCAGGAGGCAUUAAUCGUAGUACUCUUUGGGAGGGUAGGAAGAAAAAGCGGAUGUGAUCAGAUCUGCAUGUCAGGAGGAUCAUUUUGGCAGAAGUGGGAGGAUUUCCCGCCGCCGCCCCCGCCCCCCACCUUCGAUCCCCGCAGCGAGUUUGAGCAGAUGACCAUCCUCUAUGACAUUUGGAAUUCAGGCCUGGACUUGGAGGACAUGAGCUACCUGCGGCUGACGUACGAACGGCUUCUGCAGCAGACUAGCGGGGCCGACUGGCUGAACGACACCCACUGGGUCCAGCACACCAUCACCAACCUGAGCACUCCAAAACGCAAGCGGCGGCCCCAAGAUGGGCCCCGGGAGCACCAGACAGGCUCAGCCCGCAGCGAAGGCUACUACCCUAUCAGCAAGAAGGAGAAGGACCGGUAUCUGGACGUGUGCCCCGUCUCGGCCCGGCAGCUAGAAGGAGCGGAUACUCAGGGGACUAACCGUGUGCUUUCGGAGCGCCGGUCAGAGCAGCGGCGGCUGCUGAGUGCCAUCGGCACCUCUGCCAUCAUGGACAGUGAUCUGCUGAAGUUAAACCAGCUCAAGUUCCGGAAGAAGAAGCUUCGAUUUGGCCGGAGCCGGAUCCACGAGUGGGGACUGUUUGCCAUGGAACCCAUCGCUGCUGAUGAGAUGGUCAUCGAAUACGUGGGUCAGAACAUUCGCCAGAUGGUGGCUGACAUGCGGGAGAAGCGCUAUGUGCAGGAGGGCAUUGGCAGCAGCUACCUGUUCCGCGUAGAUCACGACACCAUCAUCGACGCCACCAAGUGUGGCAACCUGGCGAGGUUCAUCAACCACUGCUGCACGCCCAACUGCUAUGCCAAGGUGAUCACCAUCGAGUCCCAGAAGAAGAUUGUGAUCUACUCAAAGCAGCCGAUCGGCGUGGAUGAGGAGAUCACCUACGACUACAAGUUCCCGCUGGAGGACAACAAGAUCCCAUGUCUGUGCGGCACGGAGAGCUGCCGCGGCUCCCUCAACUGAGGUGGGGCAGGACUGGUGCCCUCACCCCUAUUUAUUCCCCCUCGCCACCCCGAGCUCGCAGCGCUCCCAGCCUUAGUGGGCUCAGGGGGGCCCACCUGCCCCCUCUUGGAAUGCGGGCUUGGGGGCCCUGAGCCCAGCGAGGGGGCCUGAGUCCCUUGAGGCACCUUCUGCGGGACCCCUCUUGCCCCUGCCCUCCCUCCCAUACCCCCAAUUUUUUUUUUCUUUGCGGAGAAGAAGCUGUAAAUGUUUUGUAGCUGCCAGCAGCUGUUUCCUGUGGAAACCUGGGGUGCCGGCCUGUACAGAUUCUGUUCUUGGGGGGCCGCCCAGCCCCCAUGCUUUGUGUUAAUGGGGACUCCCCCUCUGUGCCCUGCGUGCACCCCUCCCCAGUUUAGGGGUCUCUAGGGGGCAGUGGCCAUGUUCUCCCCCUGGAGGGGGCCCUGCGCCCCCAGUCCUGGGGACUCCGUGCCUGGAACCCUGCCUCAUCUUCUGUUCCUGCCAGACCCGUGGGUCACCCUCCCACCUGGUGUCUGGAAGCUCUGGCUUUGCCAGGCCAGGAUGGUGGGGGGCAGGCCCUUCCUGUUGGGCUGGACUGUAUAUAUGUUAAUAGUGCAAACCCGACGCCACAUUUUUAUAAUUGUGAUUAAACUUUAUUGUACAAAA